CCGCAGCUCCUUCUCUGCUCCUUCUCCAGCUCCAGCUCUAACACCGACUCAUCACAGUUUCUUCCCCGGCUCCUCAGCUUCAUCAUGGGCUUCGGAGACCUCAAGUCCGCCUCCGGCCUGUCGGUGCUCAACGACUUCCUCUCGGCCCGCAGCUACAUAGAAGGGUUCGUCCCCUCCCAGGCUGACGUGGCGGUGUUUGAUUCCAUCUCGUCCCCCCCCCCAGCAGAUCUGUGUCACGCCCUGCGUUGGUACAACCACAUCAAGUCCUACAGCAGCCAGAAGAGCAGUCUUCCAGGUGUGAAGAAACCCCUGGGCCAGUACGGGCCGGCGGGCGUGGCCGACUCCACCAACAACUCUGCAGCCAAGGAGGAAGAUGAUGAUGACGACAUCGACCUGUUCGGCUCCGACGAGGAGGAGGACGGUGAGGCGGCCCGGCUGAAGGAGCAGCGUCUGGCAGAGUACGCAGCCAAGAAGGCUAAGAAGCCGGCGCUAAUCGCUAAGUCGUCUUUGCUGCUGGACGUGAAGCCGUGGGACGAUGAGACGGACAUGUCCAAGCUGGAGGAAUGUGUCCGCAGUAUCGUGAUGGACGGGCUGGUCUGGGGACAGUCUAAACUGGUUCCAGUCGGCUACGGCAUCAAGAAGCUGCAGAUCAGCUGCGUGGUGGAAGACGACAAGGUGGGCACCGACAUCCUGGAGGAGCAGAUCACAGCGUUCGAGGACUUUGUUCAGUCCAUGGACGUUGCUGCUUUCAACAAGAUCUGAACAUUUAAUAAAGCACUUGGAAACAAAUAAA